AUGUCGGACGACGAUUCCUCGGACCUCUCGUCCUUAUCUUCGGCGCCGUCAGAUAUCGAGCUGGAUGCUCCUGAAGAUUUGGAGGCGCCCAAGCCCAAGACCAAGAAAGGCAUCCAGAAAUACUUCUCCACGGUUGCGGAGCAGCCACCCAAAGAGCCCUCGCCGCCGCCGCGCAAACGAUCACCCUCGCCGCCUCACGAAUAUGUCCUGGCAGACAAUCCCGACAUUGCUUUCAUUGUAAUGUUCAGAAGCCGCUUCCACGACGCAUUUCCCAAAUCCCUCGCCCACUUUGGCCCUCAGGAGCUCGAGCGCGAUGUUGUCGAAGCCACCCCCGGCGAUCGAGUCGAACACUUUCUUUGCGCGUUGCUGGGGUUACUCUUGAAUCGCAAGCAGGAUGUCAAGCCAGGCCACUACGGCCGCGCCCUGGAGGAUGCCAUUAGCACCCACAAGAACCAAUGGGCGCCCGCUUGGGAGGACAAGAACCCCUUGUCUGGCGGCGCAACAUUUGCGUCGAUGAACCCCACGCAGAGGCUCACAUUGCUACGCACUCUGAUCCUUUGGACUCUUUCGUCGUCCGAGACUGUCAAGGGGCUCAUCAACCAAUCCUACAAGCAGAACCGCCACGAAGAUGAUGCGAACCAACCGAGAUCGGUCCAGCCAUGGGGAUCCGACGGCGACAAGCGUCGCUAUUUCCUAAUUGAGGGACAAGACGACACAGCCUUUCGCAUCUACCGAGAAAGCAACCCUGCUGGAACGAAGCGCACAUGGUGGAGUGUGGCAGGCACAAUUGAUGAGCUCAAGGCCCUUGCCGAGAAGCUCGAGGUCAAGGAUGGGGGCCCAAAGGCUAGGAAGUUGGCUCAGAAGAUGACCUCUGCGGUACCUCGUUUCGAAGCUGGGGAAGAGAAACGUAAGCGUCGCGAAUACCGCCAGAUGCGAAAGGAACAGUUCAAGCGACCUGAGCCCGGCUUCUCACUCUACGAGGGUCGCACUCGGGGCAAGAAGAUGAAGUACACAUAUUCAGACGAUGAGGAUAUCUUCAGCGACUCGACUACUCGGCGUUCUGCCCGCAACACUGGCACUCAUACUCCAGUCGAAACCGGCCCGGUGACCACCUCGAGUGGCCGGCAGAUCAGGGCGCCAACCCGACUGAAUGCUGCGACAGGUAGCAGUGCUCCUGGUAGUGUACAGGGAGACACAUCGGAAGUCGAAAAGGAGAACUCGGUGGGCCCAACAGGACGGCCUCGACGGUCAGCAGCUGUCAACCAUGGUACCAGUGGCUGGGCAGGAACCAGCAACGGCUCUCGGCACAAUACCGCGGAUGACUCUGAGAAUGAGAGCGAAGCUGAAUUUGGGGACGACGAGGAAGACAUCGAUGCGCACGUGCCUGAGGAGUCGGAGGACGAAGACGAGUUUGAUGAAGAUGAGGCCAUGGUUGACGAUGAUCUGGAUGAUUCAGCCCGCAGCCUGGUCGUGAAGCUGUCAGUCACGCCACCAAAGCUGCGAAGCGUCCUGGCGCCAAACCCGCAUGCUAGCAACAAGCUUCCGACACCUAGCUCUGAGAGAGGGGGUGACAAGGCUGAGGCUUCUGAGGCGCCUCAAGUCGAGAUGGAGGAUGCCCCGGCUACUGAGGCCGAAAUCAAGGAAGCUGCCAGCAAGAAGGUUGAGCCAGCAGCUCGAGUAUCCCCGGCCCCAGACACCAAGUUUGCAGAGCGCCAGGCCGCGACUCCUGCAUCGAUCCAUGCGACGCCUCUGGCUUUUAGAGGAAGCCCAGAGAAGCCGCAUGUUCAACCGGUCCCCCGGCCUAUUGAUAUUGGCACAAGCCGCGAGUAG